AUGGGCUUCAUCUUCUUCUCACCAUUCAAUUUGUUCCAUGAUUUGAUGAAGACAAAACCAUUAGAACGAAGGCGUUUGCUUGGUCUGGAAGUUCAUGAUAAAUAUGUUGGCCUUGCUGUUUCAGAUACGAACAACAAGAUUGUUUCACCUCUGAGAGUCACCACUACUCAUAACAACACAACAAUUGCACGGUACCUAACUAUUGUGGUGGUAUAUGGUUCAAGCUAUUGUGCUGAAUCUGCUAUUGUUGAAACAUGGAUGGAAGUGGAGGCACUCCAAUUCAAUCAACCAACAUUAACCAUUAUUUACCAAACAUUGAUGAAUCCAUUAGAAGGCAUUCCUACCAAUGAGGAGGUCAUCAAGGCCGAGACUUUGAAGCUUGAGAAAGUAUUCAAUGUGUAUGAGAAGAGAUUGACAAAAUCCAAGUACCUUGCUGUCAAAAAAACCUCUAAAAUAACCACUUCUCAAACGAGGCCAUUAAGAGUUUUGGCAUCUCUCUAUGUGCAUGACUUAGACUUUGAGUUUGUACCCAUUAACAUUGAAGCUGGGGAGCACAAACAAGAGCCUUUUCUUUCUCUCAAUCCAUUUGCUGAGGUACCGGCAUUUCAAGAUGGAGACUUGACUUUAUUUGAUGAUAAAUUUUGUGAGAUCAUGAUCUAUAUAUAUCAAAUAAUUAUUGAAUGUAAUUUUUGUGCAGAGUCAAGGGCUAUAAUGAGAUUCAUAGCCUUUGCCUAUCCAAAACCAGGUAAAGAGCACAUAUUCAAAGACCCAUUAACACAAGGUGUUGUGGCUGCCUGGAUUGAUGUGCAAGAUCAUCAAUUCAAUCCUCCAGCUCUGAAGCUUAUCAAUGAGCUAAUCUUCAAGCCCAAAAAUGGAUUCACACCCGACACAACCGCGGUGGCAGAGGAGGAAGCAAAAUUAGCUAAGGUGCUGGACAUCUACGAAGAGCGACUUGGUGAAUCGGAGUACUUGGGAGGAGAAAAAUUCACUUCCGCAGAUCUAACUCACCUUCCUAACUUGUACUAUCUCAUGCAGACGCCAAUGAAUCGACUCAUUGAGUCACGCCCAAGGGUUAGGGCAUGGUGUGCAAGUAUUAUGGCUAGGCCGGCUUGGAUGAACCGGGGUCAAGUAGUCCUUUUUCUUCUAAAAGCAGGAUGGACAAAUCCAUUACAUGAUUCUAGAUUUUCAAUUCUAGAAAUACAUUCUUUCAUCCUCUUCAAAAGGGCAGGCAUAGCAGAGAAAUUACUAGAUAUCUUCUGUCUGAGAAAUCGUGUUUUCUCGGCAGUCUCUUGA